AUGGCCAAAUCCGCACAGGACUCUUCAGUCCGAUCCAAUCCCCGAUCCGCAGAUAUCAUAUCAAACUUCGAGGAAGCAGAACCCAGCCUCACAGCCAUCCAGUUUAAGAAGAUAAUGAAAGAGUUGCGUGAAAUGAGGAAGAUGGAGGCCGAAGCUUUGGAGAAAUCCAAAGGCAACCAUACGUCGCAGCAUGAAGGCCCCAAAGGGAGCAAAAGGAAAGAGAGGAUAAAGUUAUCCGAUGGAAGUUCCACAGAAAGUACCCACUAUGAUGGUCAGCACAACAACUAUGAAGACUACCAGGACCAGAGUAAGGAAUUGAAAAAAUCCAAAGACAAUGAACUGCGAAGACAAAUAGAAAAGAUUGUGAAAGGGUACAAACUACAGACACCUGCCGAACUGGCUGUUGAGGCUGCCAAGGGAAUCUGCAAAUCACCUUUCACCAAUGAUAUUCUGAAGGCUAAGAAGCCCGCAAAGUUCACUCAACCCAAAUUCAAGUUAUUCGAAGGUGUAACAGACCCCAUCGAGCACAUCUAUCACUUUCAACAGCAAAUGGUCCUCGAAAGCAAAGACGAAGCGUUGUUGUGCAAAUUAUUCCCUUCUAGCCUGUCGGUGUCGGCUUUGACCUGGUUCAGAAGGAAGAAAGACAUCACAGCACUGUUCAACACAAAGCAGAAGGCAGGUAAGAGUCUCAAAGAUUAUCUGAAGCGAUUCACGGAGGAGAUGUCUACUCUAGAGACUUAUGAUUCUCACACUGCGUCACUGGCAUUCCGUAAAGGGGUGACGCCGGGAACAAAAAUGCACAAGUCCUUGGUUAAAACACCACCCCUCGAUAUGAGGGAGGUUCUGGUUCAAGCCGAUGGAAUCAUCAGACUAGAAUAG